UUGUAGAACACUGAGUAGAUCGAAGAGAUGGGCUAUUAUCAAGUGAUAAUGUGCGCCAUUGUUAUGCACCUUUUUUACAUGAUGAUAAUAUUGUCGCAUGCUAACUCCAUCCCACCAGAUGAUCCCAUCAAAUGCACCAACCUCGCACUUAAUCAAAACUGCACCGUGACCAACACCUACGGCGCCUUCCCGGACCGCAGCAUCUGCCGUGCCGCGGCGGCUGCGUACCCAAGAACGGAGGAGGAGCUGGUCGCCGUCGUCGCCGCCGCCUCCCGGGAGAGCCGGAAGAUGAAAGCCGCCACCCGGUUCUCCAGCAGCAUCCCCAAGCUGGCGUGCCCUGGCGGCGGCGGCGGUCUCAUCAUCAGCACGGCGCACCUCAACCGCACGCUGAAAGUCGACAACCGGAGCAUGACGGCGACGGUGGAGGGCGGGGUGACCAUCCGGCAGCUGAUCGACGACGCGGCGGCGGCGGGGCUGGCGUUGCCGUACACGCCGUACUGGUGGGGGUUGACGGUGGGGGGGAUGAUGGCCACAGGAGCCCAUGGGAGCUCGUUGUGGCGCUCGGCGGGGACCUCCGUUCAUGAUUUCGUUGUCCGCGUAAGGAUUGUGACUCCGGCAUCGCCGGAGGAGGGAUAUGCCACCGUCCGGCAACUUGAGGAAGAUGACCCGGAGAUCAAUGCAGCUAGGGUUUCCCUAGGGGUCCUUGGAGUCAUUUCACAGGUGACCCUGAAAUUGGAACCCAUGUUUCAACGGGCCAUGACAUACGUUGAGGACGAUGACGCAAGCUUGGGGGAGGACGCAACCGUGUUUGGUUCCCAACACGAAUUUGGAGACAUGGCUUGGUUUCCCAGCUGGAGAAAAGUUGUGAAGCGCAUUGAUGAUCGGGUCAAGACAAACACGCCCUCUAGAGGUCUCAAUGAUUUCUUGGGAUUUCGACCCAUUCCUUCGCUUGCGUUACAACUCGUGAGAACUGCGGAGGAAGAUAUCGAAGCACAGAAGGAUGGAGCUAUUAAUAAGUGCAAUUUUGCUGGUUUUUACGCAUCGAUCUUACGUUUUGUUGGAUAUGGAUAUACCAACGACGGUCAAAACUUCACUGGAUAUCCUAUAAUUGGAUACCAAAAUCGGAUCCAAGCAUCCGGCACGUGCCUAGACCCCUCAAACGGUACAUUACAAUCAACUUGCGCAUGGGACCCUAGAGUGAAGGGGUUGUUCUUUCACCAAACAACAUUUAGCAUUAGUCUAUCUAAGGUGAAAGGUUUCAUAGAAGAGGUGAAAGAGUUGGUGAAUUUGGACACAAAUGCAUUGUGCGGUUUGGGGUUGUACGAUGGCAUACUCAUGAGAUAUGUCACCUCUUCGAGUGCAUAUUUAGGGAAACAAGAUGACUCGAUAGACUUUGACAUCACCUACUACCGGAGCAAAGACCCAGCAACUCCUAGGCUUUAUCAAGACUUCAUAGAAGAAAUCGAACAACUUGCCAUUUUCAAGUAUGGGGCCUUGCCACAUUGGGGGAAGAACAGAAAUGUGGCCUUUCUUGGGGCAAUAAACAAGUAUGCAAAGUUUGAUGAGUUUUUGAAAGUUAAGGACAAGUAUGAUCCUAAAGGGUUGUUUUCAAGCGAUUGGAGUGAUCAAGUUUUGGGUCUUAGACAAGGACUAGUCAUUACAAAGGAGGGCUGUGCUUUGGAAGGGUUGUGUAUUUGCUCACAAGAUUCUCACUGUGCUCCCAACAAAGGGUAUUAUUGUCGACAAGGGAAAGUGUACAAGGAUGCUAGGGUUUGUGCUAAGGUAAGUGAUAUGGAGGGGCCUAAAGAAGGACGAAGCUCAGGCGUGCAUGAGCAGGAAAUGCACGAGCUGGGUGAUAUCAAGGUUGUUCGUGAAAGGGGUGGAUAUAAUCAUCGUGCUCAGAGCACACCGGCGUGGCAGAAGGAUUAUGUCAUGUAGACGUUAUUAUUGUUGUUGUUAUUAUGAUUAUUGAUGUUGUAAUCUGUUCCAUAGUUUUUAUUAGAUGAGCAUAUUAUAAGCUCCUUCGAGGGUUUCUUUUCGGUUCUUUACCUCGAUGCUUUUUUUGAACCGACAGGAAUAAAAAUUCUUCUCUCUUAGAAUUAGGGUUUCGUCUCGCUUAUAUAAAGAUGUAAACUCUCUGUUUAUUUAUAAGAUAAUAAAAACCCCAGUUUUCU